UUCCGAACCUUAACUGCUAAGUUUCCCUCGUUUCAGUCUGCGCGCUCUCCUCCCUCCCUCUCACUAUAUAUAUGUAUAACGCCAAUAGAGAGACAUAGAGAACAGAAAAUCCGGACUCUACAGCCAUUUUGGUUUUGGAUUCUGAUCGAGACGAGAUGGCAACAGCAGAGACUGAGGCGGUGGGCUUGUUAGACGUUUUACCUGAAGGUUGCGUAGCCAACGUGCUGUCGUUCACCAGUCCUCCGGAUGCCUGCCGAUCGUCAUGCGUUUCCACCACUUUCAGGUCGGCCGCCGAUUCUGACGCCGUCUGGGACCGGUUCCUCCCACCCGAGUGCCAGAGUAUAAUCUCCCGCUCCGCAGAUUCUUCUUCAAUCCUUUUCUCUUCCAAGAAAGAGCUAUAUCUCCGCCUCUGCGACCACCCUCUCCUCAUCGACGACGGCAAAAAGAGCUUUUUCUUGGAGAAAAGGAGUGGUAAGAAAUGUUUCAUGCUAUCCCCAAAGGAGCUCGUGAUUAUCUGGAUUGAGACUCCUAGGUAUUGGAAAUGGACUUCUUUGCCUGACGCCAGGUUUCCAGAGGUGGCUGAGCUAAUCAGCGUGUGUUGGCUGGAAAUCCGCGGCAAGAUCAGUACCAGUAUGCUAUCCCCAGCCACAUUAUAUGCAACUUACCUUGUGUUCAAGACAAAAGAGUCAUAUGGAUUCGAUUAUCAACCUGUUGAGGUUGCUGUUGGACUUGUUGGAGCCGAGUUUCAUAAGCGGACGGUCUAUUUGGAUACAGAAAGAGGACGGCGCCUGAUUGUGCGAAGGCGGGGAAUUGGCAUUUUUAACCGUGCCCGCUUUUUGGCGUUUCAAGCACCACCGCCCCCAGAAAUCGACGAUGCCCAGUGUCCAAAGGAGAGAGGUGAUGGCUGGUUGGAGAUCGGGUUGGGUGAGUUCUUCAAUGGAGAAGAAAAUGGGGAGUUGGAAAUGAGUGUUUUGGAGUUGAAUGGUCACUGGAAGGGUGGUCUAAUUGUCCAAGGGAUUGAGAUCAGGGCAAAAGAGAGUACAUAAAUGAAUGCUCUGUUUUUCAAAGCUUGUCCUUGGCGUUUUAGAUUGCAAUUGAUAUCAAGUAUUUCCUGUUA